AUGCGCUCGAGAGUCGGUGUCCGGGGAGCGCUGGUCGUCGGGCUGGUGCUGCUACUGCUGGACGGCUCGACGGCGGACGAGCCGUACCAUUGUGUGAUGUACGAUGUCUGCGCCGUGCUGGGGAUCCACGCGCAGAACUGCCCGACCAGUGAGCCACCGAGGCCGCUACAGGACCCGGUCGCCAUAGCGACGAUGCGCCGUCGGUGUAGCUUCAUGAUGCCGACCGACGAUACGCCGUUGUGCUGCGCGGCCUCGCAGGUAGCCGAGAUGGACAAGAACUUCCAGCAGGCCGAGGGACUGUUCAGCCGCUGUACGACCUGCCUGCAGAACAUGCUGUACAGUAUCUGCAGCCUGGCUUGUCACCCGGAGCAGAGCCGGUUCAUGACCGCGUACACCGAUCCGUCCGGGACGUACGUGAACAGUGUCGAGUACCGGAUCGACCGGCGGUACGUUGAGGGCACGUACGAGUCCUGCCGUGGGAUCGUGCUCCCGUCGAGCGGCAAGUACGCGAUGGACGUCGGCUGUGGCUACUGGGAGGCGGCUGGCUGCACGGCGGAACGGUGGUUCGAGUAUAUGGGCGCCGCCGACAACGACUUCGUGCCGUUCGAGAUCCUGUACCGCAUGGAGGAGGACCCGGACCGGCGCUUCAACCAGGAGACCAAGCACUGCGACGAGGCGUACGAGGGUUCGUACGCCUGCUCCUGCGUCGAUUGCGAGGAGAGCUGCCCGACCAGCUCACCCCCGCAACCGGAAGACCCGGGGUUCACCGUUGGCGACCUGAACGGUGUCACCUUCACGGUCGCCGUCGUAGUCGGAGGCGUUGGGCUGGUGUUCAUCCUGCUGUCGCUAAUCUUCGGCCACCACCGACUGGAUCGACCCGAUUAUCCCCAGUUUCUUGGCGGACUUCCGGCUGUAAACCGGGCCCUGGUCCGGUUCUUCACCGUCUGGGGCACCUUUUGUGCCAAACACCCAUCGCUGGUGCUGGCUGUCUGCUCGUGGGUGAUCGGUGGGCUAGCGUUCGGGAUUCAGUACCUGAUCAUCACCACGGACCCGGUCGAACUGUGGGCCGCCCCGGACAGUCGGUCGCGACAGGAGAAGGACUACUUCGACUCCCGCUUCUCGCCGUUCUACCGUACCGAGCAGAUCUUCAUCAAGCCGUACAAACAGGAAUACUUCGUGCACCCGACGGCGGCCGGCGAUCAGACGUUCGGGCCCGCCUAUGACCGCGAGUUCCUGCUGGAGGUGUUCCGGUUGCAGCAAACGAUCGAGCAGCUGGGACAGGCGGAGGGCCGUGGGCUGCAGCGCAUCUGCUACGCACCGAUGACGGCGGUCGGCGAAGAAACGCAGCUCCCCGAGUGCACGAUCCAGAGCGUGUUCGGGUACUUCAAGAACAGUGUGGCCACGUUCAACAGCACCAGCAUCGACCGGGACGGGUACGAGGUGAACUACCUGGACAAGCUGAACGGUUGCACGCGCAACGCCUACCUACCGACCUGCUUCGGCACGUACGGGGGUCCCAUCGAGCCGGGCGUUGCCGUCGGCGGUUUCCCAUCACCUGCGCCCGGCGAAAGCCCCGACUUCCGGCUCGCCACCGCCGUCGUCCUGACGUUCCUGAUCGAGAACGAUGUGGACCGGGACAAGCUGGGGCCGGCCGAGGAGUGGGAGCAGCGGUUCGUGGAUUUUCUGCGGGACUUCGAGCACCCGCUCAUGGACAUCGCCUACUCGGCGGAACGCUCGAUCGAGGACGGUAUCGACGAGAUGUCGGAAGCGGAACUGUACACCGUCGUCAUCAGCUACGUGGUGAUGUUCGCCUACAUCACCAUCUCGCUCGGGCGUAUCCGUGGGUUCCGUCACUUCCUGCACGGCUCGCGCAUCGUCCUAGCGCUCGGUGGAAUCGUCGUCGUCCUGGCAUCGGUCGCCUGCAGUCUCGGACUGUUCGGUUACAUCGAGCUCGCCACCACGAUGCUCACGAUCGAGGUGAUCCCAUUUCUGGUGCUAGCGGUCGGCGUCGACAACAUCUUCAUGCUGGUCCACGCGUUCAACCGAGUGGAUCGGAAGGCCACCCCGGACACGGCAUGUGCCAUCGGUUUGGCGCUCGGUGAGAUCGGCCCUUCGAUCCUGCUGACGUCGGCCAGUGAGUGUUGCUGCUUCGCCAUCGGUGCCCUGUCACCGAUGCCGGCCGUGAACACGUUCGCGUGGUACGCGACGGUCGCCCUGCUCGCCGACUUCCUGCUCCAGAUCACGGCGUUCGUGGCGCUGAUGGCGCUGGACGAGUGGCGCGUCGAGAGUCGCCGGCUCGAUCUACUGUGCUGCGUCCGGUCCAAGUCCCCGCUCGGUGGUCCGGACGGCGGUGGGGCCGAGUCCGGGUGGCUUGAGCGGCUGACCGAGCGGAUCUACGUACCCCUGCUGAAGCGUCCGACCGUGCGUCACGCCGUGCUCGCCCUGUUCCUCGUGUGGGGCUCGCUGUCGCUGAUGGUGGUGCCGAGCAUCGAGCCCGGCCUGGACCAGGAGCUCUCGAUGGCCGAGGAUUCGCACGUCGUCAAGUACUUCCGCUUCAUGGCCGAACUCUUCUGGAUGGGACCGCCCGUCUACUUUGUGCUGAAGCCCGGCCUCAACUACACGGACGAAGCGCACCAGAACCUCGUGUGUGGUGGAAUCCUCUGCAACGACGACUCGAUCCAGACGCAGCUUUACCGGGCCUCACUAUACCCGGAGGUUACGCACAUUGCGCGGCCGGCCUCCUCGUGGUUGGAUGACUACAUCGACUGGCUGUCGAUCGAGUCGUGCUGCAAGUACAACCCCUCCGAUGGUUCCUUCUGCCCCAGCAACCUAAACUUCUGUACGUCGUGUACGCGCGAGUACAGCGACAACGGUAUCCGGCCGACCGUGGCCCAGUUCGGUCGCUACCUGGAGUUCUUCCUGUCCGACCUGCCGGACGACAACUGUGCGAAGGCGGGCCGGGCCGCGUAUUCGCGUGCCCUCAACUACGUCUGGGACUCGGCGGGCCGGAUCAACGUGCACGACUCGUACUUCAUGAGCUACCACACGACGGCCGUCACGUCGCGCCAGUUCUACACCGCACUGGAGGAGUCGCGCCGGAUUGCGGACCGCAUCCAGGCGAUGCUGGACGAGCGCGGCGCCAGUGUCGAGAUCUUCCCGUACAGUGUGUUCUACGUGUUCUACGAGCAGUACCUCACCAUCUGGCCGGAUGCACUGCUGUCGCUCGGCCUGUCGCUCACCGCCGUGUUCGUCGUGACGUUUCUGGUCACCGGGCUGGACCUGCUGUCGGCGCUCGUCGUCAUCGCGCACGUCUUCCUGAUCGUGCUCAACAUGAUGGGCCUGAUGUGGCUGUGGAACAUCACGCUCAACGCGAUUUCCCUCGUCAACCUCGUCAUGAGUGUCGGCAUCGGUGUGGAGUUCAUUUCGCACAUCGUGCGCACCUACCGGCAAGCCCGCGGUACCCGCCUGGAGCGCUCGUCCGAAGCGAUGAUCCACACCGGGAGCUCCGUGUUUUCCGGCAUCACGCUCACCAAGUUCGCCGGCAUCAUCGUGCUCGCGUUCGCCAAGUCCCAGAUCUUCCAGAUCUUCUACUUCCGCAUGUACCUCUGCAUCGUGCUGGUCGGGGCCGCCCACGGGCUCAUCCUGCUCCCGGUCGUCCUUACCUACGUUGGUCCUCCGCCCCCACCUUCAUCACCCAGCCCCACCGAUGCCAGCGUACUGGUGUCGAAGGAGAAGUCCCCGGUCGACCCGCUCGACGAUGGAGCGCUGGCGGUCGAGUUCAAACUCUAA